AUGCAAAGUCGAUGGUUCGACUUUGGAGGAGAUGCCAUCAUUCGGACCGACUCGUACAUUCGCCUGACAUCCGAUCUCCCCUCACAGUCGGGGUACCUCUUCUCCCGCGUACCGCUGACGGCGACCAACUGGGAGGUUGAGGUCGAAUUCAAGAUCUCUGGCAAGAAUCAGCUCUACGGUGAUGGCUUUGCCAUGUGGAUCACCAAGCAGCGAGCUCAGCCGGGACCGGUUUUCGGCUCGACCGAUCGCUUCGAGGGCUUGGGCAUCUUCGUCGACACGUACAAGAACAAUCGGCCGGGCAUCGUCUUCCCCUACGUCAUGGCCAUGUUUGGCGAUGGGAAGACGUCGUACGACAAAAACAACGACGGCAAGGAUGCCGAGCUCGCGGGAUGCUCGGCGCGAGGCAUCCGCCACGCCUCCGUUCCGACCAAGAUGCGCCUGACGUACAUCCAGGACAAGCAGCUCCGGCUAGAGCUGCAGUACCAAACCGAGGACGAGUGGACGGUGUGCUUCGAGACGGACUCGCCGCCGGCGAUCCCAAACAUUGCCUACCUGGGCUUCAGCGCCGAAACGGGCGAGCUGAGCGACAACCACGACAUCAUCUCGGUGACGGCCAAGAACCUCUACAGCAACCCCGGAGCGCCGAGCCCGGCGCAGAAGAAGAAUGGCCAGCCUGCCAGCCACCCGAACCAGCAAGGCGGCUCCUGGACGUGGUUCUUUGCCAAGGUCUUCAUGUUCUGCCUCGUUGUCGGCGGUGGAUACAUCGGCUUCACGGCCUACAGGGCGAGGACCAAGAGCCAUCGGUUCUAA